CGAAAGCUUAUAAACAAAUUGUAGUUUGCUAAAUGUGGAGGUCCUAAAGUUUUAGCGUGUUUUUUGUUGAAAUUUCAUGAUAGUUUAACCGAAAAAGUAGAAAAAAUGUAGUUCGAUAUCGCAUUGGCCACAGUAAGACUAGCUUUCAAUCAUAAACUUUCGAAUAAAACGCUAUCCGGAGAUUUCUUGCGAACCCCUUGAAAUUGGAAUAAAAAAAUAAAAUGUCAACUAACCCCAAGGAUAUUCCGUAUGACCUAUUCCGACAGAUGCACCAAGACUUGCAGAAACAAAUGCUUAAGCUGCAGUACUCAAAUAUGGAGCCGCCGGCAACGACUAUACACAAGCCAGCACAUCUUCAACCUGGGAGAGUUCAGCAGCCAAAUUCUGGAACAAUUCCGAGGCCCCCAGCUCCGCCAGUCAAACCCAGGGUCGAGAAAAAAACAUUCGAGCAGGCGUAUAGGGAAGCUAUUGAGCGGAUAAAUGCAGCAGCCACACAAAACAAUGCUCCUCGGAAUCAACCUUCGAAGCAGCUGCAUAGAUCAUCUGGAGUCAGUUCGAAAGCAUCGGAUAGAACGGGCAUGACUGCUGUUGCAAAUUUGACUGGGCCAUCUCAGAAUGCGGCGCUUAAAUCGCCCACGGCGAACCAGGGUGAAUAUAAAACAACUAUAUACAACAUUAAUACCAUCAACUUGGCUGAACUGCUCAAGAAUCAGCGCAGUCCGAGCUAUGACUUUAAUCCCGCCAGAGGACUUAUUUUUUCGGCGGAAGCAUUGCCAACCACGUCGAAUAGUAACGUUCAAAGUAAUCCUGUUACAUCUCAGCUGCCGGAUACACGAUUAUUGGAAGAAAAAUUUAAAUACCAUCAAACAUAUGCAAACGCAUACGCUAAUCAUCUUUUACAGUUGACUAAAAACGCAGUGGAACAGAAAGCAGCAAGCAAUGCCUACAGACAACAGUUUGAUCAAUCUACUGGAGCUUCAAGAUCAGUUGUUGUUGGAGCUUCGCAAUCACCCGUGGGUUUAGCUAAUCACGCAACAAGCCCAAAAAUGAAUCAAUCUCAUUCUUCGUUUGGCAAAGGUCAGGCAUCGAAUGCAAAGCAAAAAAUUCAGAUACCAACAUAUGCAUCAGUUGCAUCCUCAUCCUCAAAUCAGAAAAGAAAUGUUCUGAUUAAGCUAGAUCGCAGUGUCGGCAACACUCCAGAAUCAUCUAAACUGCCAUCUCUAGAAACCAUGAUGGCAGCAAAUGCUAACCAAUCUAGAUUGCAUACCACAUCUAUUGGCUCAGUUCCUGUUAAAAGUAAUACUAUAAGUCCUACUGUAAACAAUGAAGGACUGAACAUUCAUGUGCAAAGCCAAACUUCAGGAUCAAACUCUCCAUUGCUGUUUGUCACUCCACCGCGGUCCAUUUCAUUAGUUGAAGUGCCUUCAUCAACUUCUACGCCGCUACCGAAUAUCGGUUAUCGCCCUGAUAUACCAAUUGUGACCAAACCUAAAGUUACAACACCAGCACCAUUGCAUGUUUACGGAAAACCCAACAUAGUCUCUACUAUAGAAAACAUUACAUCUAUUGAACCACCAUCGGGAAACAAAACACCGAAGCUACAGUCUAAUCAAAAUGCGACUUAUAAAUUCAAUGAACCGCCUCCUGCACACUCAAAAUCUCCGAUGCCUCAGGUUCCGUUAAAUACAGCAACUGCUACAAUAUCAAAACCCAUGAUUAAUAUGGAUCAAUCAUCAAGCUGUAAUGAAAUUUUGAAUUUAGAUACGAAAAGUCCAACCCCACAGCAUACGAAUAAAAAUGCAUCUUCUGGUAAUACAGAAUUGCAAUCUUCUUCAAACCAUUGUACAAGUGGGGAUAGAGCAACAUCACUCUAUAACUUGCAGAAACUUGUAAAAAUCCAAAAACCGGUCAACUAUACAACAGGUAACAGUAAACAAAACCUUUCAUUAGAAAGCUCUGCCGUAAAAUUCCAGCAAAAUGUAUUAUGGAAAGAACAACAGCUAGUGAAACAGGAAAACACUAAUGGAAGUAAUGAUAGCAUAAAUGAUCAAAAAAUGAAACUAUUGGAGUUAUUGCAAAACGCAAACCUUCCAAAGGCCUGUUCUCAGAGUAAAGUCACUCAGCCAACAAUGGCGAGUGCAUCAACAGGGGCAACGCAUCAAAAUAAACCAAAUAUGGAAUUAUAUAAAUAUCGUAUACCCAAUGCAGGUUCAUCCCAUCCUACAAAGCUUAUCGAUCCUCUGGCCAUAAAGCAAGAAAAGUCAAACAACACAUUGAAACGUAAAGAUCCCGCUAAAAGAAUCGAUAGCAGCAAGAUCAAACGACCAAAGCGAUCAACAGUGCCCCAGUUGCAGAAACGCCCUUGCUACGAAGUUGCACCACGACUGCCCAAAUGCCGCGAAUGUGGCCGUUCUGCCGCAGCUCGAUCAAGGGAUGCCGAAAACAUUUUUUGUCGGUUCAUCGCUUUCAGAAAGCUGAGGUACAACGAUCAAGGGUUUCUUGAAGUGGCUGGUUUCGCAGAUCCUAAUAAUGACCCUAGUGAAACAGAUUUCAGUCUUUGGAACGCUAAUCUCUCCAAGAUUCCCAUCGAUUUGUCUGUGGAAAAAUCGAAAUUUCUUCUCGGUCAAGUUGGCUACAAAUUUUGUGAGCUGUUCCAUCAGGAAAAGGAAGCAUAUUUUGAACAUAUGUCAGCUGAUAAAACAAUUGCCUGGAAGCAAGCUGUUUGGGGUGUCCGCGAAAUGUGCGAUGUGUGUUCAACGACUCUUUUCAAUUAUCAUUGGGUUUGCUCGACCUGUGGCUUUGUCGUGUGCAUCGACUGUUAUAAGGGUCGCAAGCACGGUGCGUGUAGAAAUGAUACCGGAACCAAAGAUCGCGACGGGUACAUGUGGCUACACUGUACAAAUAAGGAUCCACAUGAUCAAGAAAAAUUAAUGCUUACACAGAUUAUUCCUAGCAACGGUUUAUACAAGUUAGUUCGCCAGAUGCAUGGAAUCUGUGCGUUAUUGGAAAUUCCUUUGAACUGCGAAUGUCCGCUUAGUAAGGAACCUUUGUUCCGAAAAGUAAAAGAUAAGCUGGAGUUUAUUUACCCUAUAACAUUUGAGGUUGAUAAAUGUGAGAAAAAAUCUAUUGUUGAUAACGAGAUUAAACAAACAGACGAUGAAACAUCCACUUCAACAAAGAUGAUUUCUAUAUCGGUUAAACAAAUUGAAAGUAAACGUAGUGAGGACGAUAAGGAAACUAUUUGUUGUAAAGUUAUUUUUGGCAGAGAAUUGAGUGAAAACAAAAAUCCUGAAACUGAAAUGCUACAGCGCAAGGAAAAGCAGAGUUAUUCAUUCGAAGGUUUUCAAGAGGAUAUCAAGAUUGAAAGUGUUGAAGAUUUUACCCAUAAAGAUGUUUCUGAUGAAAAUGAUGAAAAUAUAUCAAAAGAUAUGAACGACUCAGAAGAAGAUAAGAAGCCAUGUUUACAGGAAAAUAAUGAAAAAUCUGAACAAAAAUCAGAAGAGUUAAAUGCGCAACCAGAUUGCGAUCCAUUAGAAUUAAGUUCUGGGAGUAAAUCGGACAAAGUUUCUACUGAGAUUAAAAAAAUGUCAGAAAAUGAAUCUUACAACGAAGAGCACAGAUUCAAAGAAUCCCCCAAAUUGGAUUGGAAAACAUUUAAUAUGAUCGCUAAACAGUUGCUCAAGUUUGACAAAUCAAUCAAUAUUUCAGGACUUUUUGAGAAACAUUUAGAUGAAAAAUGCACAGAAUCAGAUUUCCUGGUUGAUUUCACAGCUGAAAUUAAAAUAAAUAAUGAAAAUCUCCAAAAUUUCCUUAAAGAUUUUCUAAGCGAGUUUGUUUUCCUAACUGGUCAAAACAACUCUGAUAACUUGACCGAUGAAGUACAAAUAUUGGAAUACAACAAAUACAUGAAAAAAUGCAUUGAAUUCCAGAACAAGGGAGAACGUAUCAUGAAUUUAAGCGACUCACAAAUCCUAUACCCUAAGGUUGCACACCAAUGGCUUUGUAAUGGAAGACUGUUGAGAUUACUUGAUCCUCUGAGCGAUGAAAACUAUACUGCUUUUCAUGAUCAAUGGGAACGUGGUCAACCGGUUAUGGUUUCAGCGGUAUCAAAUGCUAUGAACAUGGAACUCUGGAUGCCAGAAUCUUUUGGCAGAGAUUUUGGAGAGGAAGAAAAUGAUUUAAUAAAUUGCUUAAAUGGCAAGCUGGUAAAAGGGCAAAAGAUGAAAGUUUUUUGGGAUGGUUUCCAACGCAUCGGAUAUCGUUUACUGGACGAGAGAGACAGACCUAUGAUGUUGAAAUUAAAGGAUUGGCCACCCGGAGACGAUUUUGCAGAAAUGAUGCCAACUAGGUUCAACGACCUCAUGAAAUGCUUACCCUUAGCAGAAUACACCAGACGCGAAGGUCGUCUGAAUCUGGCCAGUAGAUUGAACAGCUUCUUUGUGCGUCCUGAUUUGGGGCCAAAAAUGUACAGUGCCUAUGGGUCGGCACAGCAUCCUUCCAAAGGUACAACCAACCUUCAUUUGGAUGUAUCAGAUGCCGUUAACGUCAUGGUGUACGUUGGAAUACCAAAAGAUGUGGAGCAAAACCGAUACAGACAAAAAGUGCUUGAUGCAAUUGAUGCAGAUGAAUGCGAUGAGGUCACUCGUAAACGUAUAAGAGAUGAAGGUGAACUACCUGGAGCGUUAUGGCAUAUCUACCAUGCAAAAGAUGCCGAUCACAUUCGAUCACUGUUGAACAAAAUUGAAGUCGAACGUGGGGGUAGCAUCAAGGCAAACCACGAUCCCAUUCAUGAUCAGAAAUGGUACUUGGAUGCUAAUUUAAGAAAACGACUUCUGCAAGACUACAAAGUCGAAGGAUACACGAUUGUACAAUGCGCUGGAGAUGCCAUAUUCAUUCCAGCGGGAGCACCUCAUCAAGUGAGAAAUCUACAUAAUUGUGUCAAGGUAGCGGAGGAUUUCGUGUCUCCGGAAAACAUUUCUUACUGUUUUAAACUUACAAACGAAUUCCGGAACUUAACCCAUACGCAUUCGAAUCACGAAGAUAAAUUACAAAUUAAAAAUAUAAUAUACCAUACAGUGAAGGACGCGGUUUCCUGUCUAACAAAUCCUCUGAUAAUGACUAAAGAUAAAAUAGAUCUAGAUUAAAUGUUGUUUGCUAUUGUAACGAAGAUUGUAUUGGUUUCAUUUUUUCUCCCGAUCGAAUUUUUAAAGUUAAUAACAGCGUAAAUGAUUAGUUAAAGAAUAUUCUUUUUCUUUAUCUGAAUCAAAAACUUCCAAUUGGAUCAAACAACAGUCGAAAAACGAUCACUUGAUGAUGAAAAAUAGUCACUUUCCAUCAGCGACUUGAUCAUUAGAGAAUGGUUAUACAGAGAUUAAAAAUUCCAAGUAGAAAAAUCAAUCCGAAAAAAAGUGUUACCAAAACCUGGUAAUCAAAAGCAGUUAAAAAAAACUUUGCGAAAUUAUAUUGUAAGUUAAAACAAAGUCGCAACUAAGAAAGUUUCGAGCAAUUCAAUUUUGCAGAGAUGUAUUAAUAUGCUAAAGAAUGCUUUGCGGAAAUAAAAAUUUUAGUUCUAAGUAAUAAACAUAAUUUAAGAGAAUGUCAAAUAAAAAAUUAUCA